AUGGACGAGUCCUACUCGUCAAACACUUUGAUUACAGACGAUGCGAUCGUGCGAGAUAGAAAUGUAUUUAUUCUUUUGAGCCGAGAGUUGAUCUUCACUUCUGAAGUAAUCCUAGGCGCCAGAAUCUUGUUAGAAAAAAACCCUAAAAUGUUGAUGAUCGUGCUAUCAUGGAUUUUGCUGUUUCUGGCGGGCCACGCCGGCAACCUGUGUACCGUGUCCGCCAGCCGUACGCCCCUCCACAUUGCAGGGCUUCUCCCGCUGUCGGAAAAGGACGGCUGGAGCCGUUUCUUCGGCUACAGUGCUCUGGUGGGUGCCAAUCAAGCGAUCGUGGACAUCAACAACAGAAGUGAUAUUUUACCGAACUACACCCUGGUUCUGAACGUCUCCGAUACAGAGGGGAACUUGCCCGCAGCACUGAACAGGUUGUACGAGUUCCUUUACGAGCCGCCGGUCAAAGUCGCCAUCUUCGGCUCUUUGCUGUCUUCGCUGACUGAGGUAGUUGCUGAAGUAAUUGGAAAGUGGAGCAUCGUCGAGAUGUCCCCAGGUGCGACCACUCCAGUCUUAAGUAAUCGGGACAAGUACCCACACAUCUACCGAAUGCUGACGUCAGCGGCUGGCUUCUCCGGAGCAGAGUUUCGCAUGUGCGGUAUGUUCGGAUGGAACAAGAUUGCGACCCUGCACGAGACUACAGAGCCGCAUGUUGGAGUUAUAAACGAGCUCCAGCGCCUGGUAUCGACCAGCAAUGUGUCCAUUAUCGCCGCGGAGAGCUUCUACAAGGACCCAUAUGAAGCUAUGGAGCGCCUCAAGAGUAAAGAUGUUCGGAUCAUCGUAGCGAGCUUCUACGAAAGAAUGGUUCGGAAGGUGUUCUGCAGUAUAUUCAAGUUGAACAUGUACGGCCCUAACUACGUCUGGAUGAUACCCGGUUACUAUAGCAACGGCUGGUGGAUGGUGGAGGAGGAAGGGGUGAGCUGCACCGUAGAGGAACUCAAGCAGGCCAGCGAGGGGUACCUGACUAUCGCUUACAGCAAGUAUGGAAGGGGCGAGGAACCAGGUGUCGGUGGAAGGACGCCGGCAGAAUUCAGGCACGAGAUGGCGGACGUGGUCGGGUACGAGAUUACCAUCACCGACCGCGGCUCGGUGGCGGCGGGCUAUGACUGCAUCUGGGCCUUAGCCAUGGGCCUUGAGUCUGCUGAGGCCAGGCUGGGUAGGGGGCUGGAUUCGUACCGGUACGGGGACGAUGAGUUCGCCCGGACAGUCGGCAGAGCUUUCCAGGAUCUGAGCUUCCCUGGCAUGUCGGGUCCAGUACAGUUUUCUGAAGGAGGCGACAGAAGUGGUGACCUUUUGAUAGAACAAAAUAUAGAUGGGGUCGAGAAUAUCGUAGGCAUUUACAACAACAUCGAAGACGAGAUCACGUGGAACAGACCCACUGAAGAGCUGUGGUAUUACAGUGACGGGAAGCCGCCAUUCGAUUCCGAUAUAACCAAGACCAUUGAGCUUCUACAGAGUAUACCGAUUAGCGUCCUGGCUACCGUGAGCGUGUUAGCGGCCCUGGGGAUGGUUCUGGGGGUGAUGUUUCUAGUGUUCAACAUCUGGAAGCGCAACAACAGGCAAAUCAAGAUGUCCAGCCCGAAAGUAAACAACAUCAUCGCCACUGGUAUCCUGCUGGCAUACCUCGGUGUGGUGCUGCUAGGCAUCGAUAGGUCUAUGGUAGAGGAGACGUCGCUGCUUACCAUUUGCAGGGUUCGUUCCUGGAUCAUUCCCAUUUCCUUCACUCUUGCAUUUGGAGGAAUGUUCACCAAGAUGUGGAGGGUGUAUAGCAUCGUCAUUGCCAACAAAACUAAGAGAAAGGUGAUCAAGGACUACUAUCUCUUUGGUAUCAUCGCCGUUCUGCUGUUGGCAGACUUGGCCAUUCUCAUCCCCUGGCAGAUCAUCGAUCCAAUACAGAUCAAGGAGAACAGAGUACCUAUACCUCAGACCGAAGACGAUCUCACACGUCACGAGAAACGCGAAAAGCUGUACGUGAACUGCACGUCCAAUAACAACACCAUAUGGACUCUGGUGAUCAUAAUCUACAAAGCGUUCGUUGUCGUCUUCGGUGCCUUUCUGGCGUGGUCCACAAGGAAUGUCAAAGUGUCCGGCUUGAACGAUAGUUACUACGUGGGUCUAUCCAUCUACAACACCGUCAUUUGUUGCAUGGUAGCCGUCUCGCUAUCCUUCCUGAACACCUCCUCAAUCGUCGUGACCUUUGCUCUAGUCUCCGGUUUCCUUCUGCUCUGUAUUACUAUAUCCCUCUGCAUGCUCUUCUUUCCUAAGGUAAUCGCUGUGUAUCGCAAGAAUGAAGUAGCCGACGAAAACUUCACAGGGAUCAGAGUAGGCACGACCAUGGUGCCCACGAUGGCUCACAAGCCGCGUGCGCUAGGCGGGGAUAUGCCCACUACCAGCGCUCACAAUGGCGAGUUUAAAACCGCCACCACUGAUGGAUCCAAUCCAAAAUAGGCUCAUCGAAUGGGGGCGCUGUAUUACGACGCCGUUCGUGGAUAACAGCGAGACGUGAUUUCAAGUGAAGUGCAUUUAAGCUCAUUAGUUUAUGGGAAAGACGUUUGCAAGACCAGCAUCUGUGAUGUGCGUGCAGAUUUGGCGAUCAAUAUUAUGCAAAACAACUGCGUCUUGACCUCCAGAUUCUGACCAUUCAGUGGGCGCCUUCUAUCGUGUCUUCGGUAACCCGAUGACGUAUGAGAAACACUUGGUGUAUGCAAGCAGGCCUAUGACCAGUUAACAUCAUUGGCCACUCUUUUACGCCACGAUUUGGAAAUGCGGCUGCGAUGGGCUGGCGGGCGAGGUCGCAUACAAUUUGCGUGCUCGGAUAUACAUGUAUCCGCACAGCUAUAACUUCAUAUGAAGCGCACAUGAUAUUUGAAAACACGUAUGGAUGAAGUGCGCCCUCAGUGACAGCUUAAACGGACUGUGAAUUAAUCGAGGGAGGUAAAGUUUUAAUAUUGCCUAAGUUUGUGGAGCUUGUGCAGACCCGAGGAGAGUGUAUAUUAUAUGAGGUCUGAUAUUGUUCUUGUUAUACAAUCCCCUAAAUUAAUGUGUCCUUGCCGCUUGAUAUAAUCCGUUCUUGAUGCCCAGAAAAGUAAAAGUAUAGUUGUUACGUUCGUUUCAAAUCGUUUAUUUAUGACACAUUUGGAUAUAGGUUAUUUUCUUUAUUAGAAAUGUAAGUUUCCCGUAGAUCUGAUUUUAUAAACGAUUUUAUGGAAUUAUUUUUAGUUACUUAACUCCAGACACGAGGAUGUUUUAACAUUUUACCAUAACAAAGCUCGUACUGACGCGUACAAAUACUGUGGGGUAGUUCGUUUUCCUAAUUGCUUUUCCGAGUCUUGUGAAAGAGUCUCUUAAACUAUUCGGAGGUCGGGGUUGUGGAGAGUUUUAAUAAUUUUCAUUUUUUAAUUAAUGUGUCCCGUGUUGUAUAUGUAGGUAAUUUUUAUCAGCCCUUUUUAUCAGCUCUUUUUAUCGGUCCUUUUUACCUGGAUAGGAAUCCCACUUGUCUUUUAGUCCUGUUAAUACAGUUCUGUGGGUGGCCAUAGUCAUGGAUUUAAAGAAAAAAUGGGGGACCUCCCAAUAUUUUCCUUUUUUAAAAUUAUUUUUUAUUACUUUAUUUUUUUUUUCAUUUAUUUUAUCAAUAUCGAUUUUUGUCUGAACCUUUGUGUGUUACCUUGAUUGUAAUCAGGGGUAUGGAUGAAUACAUUGUCGGAUGACAGUUUUUAUUCAUCUGUUCAUUCCUUGACAGCCCCUGCUUAAUGUUUGAUUGUAACCUUAACUUAAGAUUUAAAAUAAAUAAAAUAAAUAUAUGUUGACACUGUGAAACUUAGAAUAAUGUAAUAAUAUAAUCAAUAUUGGUUUAACUUGAACUGUUUAUGAAAAUGUUAUUGUAAAUUAAUAUAUUGUUAUCAUUCCUAGCCAUGAAUAUAUUUUUACAAAAUGAACAAUUUCCAAUUAAAGCCUUUGAAGACUAGCUUGGAAAUAUGGACAUGAAGUUGUCAAGGGCGGAUCCAGAGGG